AUGUCUGAUUCAACGGAGGGUUGGGGCGAGGGUUGGGAGGAUGAUUGGGGAGAUGAAUUGUCUCAAUUAGUUCCCGCUUUACAUGAACAGACAACACAAUUAUCAGAGCUAAGUGUGUUAAUGGGUCAGUAUGUGACACCUUUUCUGUGCAAACAGCCAUGUAGAACUAGUGAACAGACUGGUUAUUUGUGGGUUCAAGAACUUUUAGACGGGCAUGAAGGACGGUCUAAGGAUAUGUUUCGAAUGGACAUAGAGACAUUUCAUCAGUUAUGUUCUAAAUUGGUUGAACAUGGGUUACAAAAUACUAAGUACAUAGGUGUCCAUGAAUCUGUUGCCAUGUUCUUGAAUACAAUUGCGCAUGGUCAGUGUAAUAGGAUGAUUCAGGAAAGGUUUCAGCGUUCAGGAGAAACUGUCAGUCGGCAUUUUCAUAGAGUGUUGGCUGCUUGCCUCAAUUUAUCUCGAGAAAAUAUCAGGCCAACUGAUCCUACAUUUUCCUAUUGUCACCCAAAAAUAGCAAAUGAUCCACGAUACUUUCCAUUUUUUAGGGAUGCAAUCGGAGCAAUUGAUGGUACCCACAUACAUUGUACGGUUAGUCAAGCUAGGCAAGACAAAUAUAUCAAUAGGAAGGGAUUUCCUAGUCAAAAUGUCAUGGCCGUAUGUGAUUGGAAUAUGUGCUUCACAUUCGUGUUGGCGGGCUGGGAAGGUAGUGCACAUGAUGCUCGUGUCUUUCAUUCUGCUAUCUCAACUCCAUCCAUGAAUUUCCCUCAUCCACCUGAAGAAGCUGAACAUGGAAGUGUAAUAGAUGAAGACAAUAAUCAUGCAGCUGGUGAGGCAUCCUCGUCAAGUUUAACAUCUGCCGCACAAAUGAAUCGUGUUCGUGACUCAAUUAGGGACCAAAUUGUGCAAAGCUUACUAUCUAAUUAG